CAAUUGUGAUCAUCAAGAUUCAAGCUAGCCACAGCGGGUGGAGCCCUACCCUGCAGCAGGGGCACACCAGGUCGCUCACUGCUUGCAGCUCCCGGCCUCUCCUGGUGGGGAAACAUCCGGGGCGAAGCAGCAAACUGAUCCAAGCCAUCCCAGCCCUCGCCGUCCCGCGAACAAGGGUUGCUAAAAGCAACAGGCGCCAUGAAGUUUGGAAAGUACGUGCUGGAGAAGCAGCGGGCGGAGUGGUCCGACCAGUAUGUCGACUACAAGGGGCUCAAGGACCUCAUCAAGGAAAGCGCGGCGGAGGAGGCGACGGCGGGCGUGCAGAGCUUCUCGCCCCGCACCACCUCCCUCACCGUGCAGCGCGCCGCCGACCGCCGCGACUCCGCCGAGGAGCGCUUCUUCCAGAAGCUGGAGUCGGAGGUGGACAAGUGCGGCAAAUUCACCGCCCGCCUCGUGUCGGAGCUGCGGGAGCGGUUGAAGCAGCUGCAGGGGCGCGUGCGCGCGGCGCCGGCCGGCGACGAGCCGCAGCGCGAGUUGCUGUUGGAGGCAAGCCCGGGUCGCGGGGCCGGGGCCCUAGCCGCGGGGCGCCGGGAGCACGCCGCGCCUCACGCUCCGGGGCCGCUUGCUGCCCUGGAGGCGAAGUCCAUCGGCGACGAGUUCCUGCAGCUGGAGAAGUACGUCAACCUCAACUACAUGGGAUUCCACAAGAUACUGAAGAAGCACGACAAGAUGCUGCCGCACUCCCCCUGCCGCCAGUUCUACAUCUCCCACCUCCACAACCAGCCCUGGGUGCAGGGCAACUACUCCGACUUGCUGGUCGUCCUUUCCUCGGUCUACUCGGACCUGCGGGGAGAUGCCUCCGCCGCGCAGGCCGACGACAGCAGCCAGGGCAUGGUGCGCUCCACCACCAAGUACUGGGUGCGCAUGAGCGACGUGUCCACCGUCAAGCACCACAUCCUGCAGCACCUGCCCGUCUUCCAGUUCAACCAGGGCCGAGACUUCACGGGCGACGCCCAGCUGGUCAACUCGGGUGGGCGCCGGGGCGGGGGCGACGAGAGCCAGAAGGAGCGGUUUGGGCUGCGGGAGGAGCAGGUGUUGAUGUAUCUGGAUGGCGACCUGCCUGAGGAGGCGAUACAGCAAGAGAUGCGGCAAGCGAGCGCCACCGAGGAGGACAUUGCCCGUGUGUCCCAGACCUUUGUGGAGGUGCAGAAGACGGUGGACGCCAAGCAGCUGAAGCCGAUGGUACGCACGCAGUACAUGCGUACCGCCUUCCAGAUACCCUUCGACCCCACAGUACGCAUCAGCCUGGACACCAACCUGUGCAUGAUAAAGGAGAACCCCGAGGACGGACCCACCACCGCCUCCGCCGGCAGGUGGUACCGUGACCCCACCCUGCCCAUCCACCGCACCGAGAUCACGCGCUUCCCGCACGCCGUGCUGGAAGUCAAGCUGAGCAUGGCCGAGGGCGAGGAAGCGCCCGACUGGGUGGCAGAGCUGGUGGACUCGGGCCUGCUGACCGAGGUGCACAAGUUUUCCAAGUACAUCCACGGUACCGCCACCCUGUUCCCGGACAUGGUGCAGGCGGUACCGUACUGGGUGGACGACGAGAGCGGCGCGGGGCGUAGGGGCAGUGGCGGUGGCGUGCGGGCCUCGAUGCUGAUGUCGGCGCCGGAGCAGCCCGCUGACGUGGCGCCAGACGCGCGGGACCAGGAGGCCGCCGCCCGCACCAAGCCGCGCAAGCGGCUGGGGGAUGAGGAGGACGACGAGGAUGAGAUAGCGGAGCUGCGGGAGCCGCUGCUGGCGCGGCAGAGCCUGAUCAGCUCCGCGCGGAUCAAGACGGCCGAGCGGCGCGCCAACGGCAAGCGCGCCAUGCGGCAGGCGCCGCAGGCCGGGUGGAGGGAGCGCCUGCUGGAGUGGUGGUUCUCCAAGCCGCCCAUGGCGCCGCGGCCGGUCCUUGUGGUGGGGGCGGCGCCGCCCGCCAAGAUCGAGCCCAAGACUUUCUUCGCCAACGAGCGCACUUUCCUCAGCUGGCUGCACAUGGCGGUGACCAUCGGCUCCAUCGCCACCGCCCUGCUGGGCUUCUCGGGGUCGGCCAAGGGCGGGGACGACCCCGGCUCGGGCCUGAUUGAGUUCAUUGCCUGCGUGCUGCUACCUGUGGCCAUCCUGAUGUGCGGCUACGCGCUGCUGCUGUACGUGUGGCGCACGGGCCAGAUCCGCGACAAGAGCGCCACCCUGUACGACGACCGGCGCGGGCCGCUGGGGCUGGCGGCCGUCAUCGUGGUGGCCCUCUCUCUCAUCUUCCUGGUCAGCCUGGCAGACCUAAUCUCCACCAUAGAGCACCACGGAGACGCGCCGCCGGCGCCGGGGCCCGCAGGCCCCGCGGCCCCCACCGCUGCCGCUGCCGCCUCGGUGCUGCGCGCGGGCGUGGACGCGGCCGGCGCGGCGGCGCGCAGCUUGCUGGGCAGGGCAUAGCGCUGCCCAUACGGUGCUGCCUGUUGGCAAUGCCACCUGUGUGCUGCUCUUUGCCCCUCUUUGCACUUCAGCGUUUGUGCCUCUUCCUCCCCCCUGCCUACCCAUCGCUCCUGUUCCCUCCCGGCUGCUCCUUUUGGCGCCUGCCGUGCCUGGCAAUGCUAUCAGACCCGCCCCCCGGCCUGGUGAUGCCGUGGCUUGUGCCACUCAUGUGACAAGCUUGCAGCG